AUGCGUUUGGAAGCUUCAAUUAAUGUGGCAAGACUUCUUUUGUAUUAUGGAUUGCCUUUUCGAGGUCAUGACGAAAGUGAAUCUUCAAGUAAUCAAGGCUACUUUUUAAUAUUUUUGCGGUGGCACAGAGACAACCAUCUGGAUGUGGGAAAAGUGAUAUUAGAAAAAGCUCCACAAAAUGAUACUUUGACUUGUCCUAUGAUCCAAAACGAUAUUGUUAAUGCUUGUGCUAAACAAACAUUGAAAGUUAUAAUUGCGGACUUGAAUGGAGAUUAUUUUGCUAUUGCUAAAACACAUGUGGAAGUUGAAGACUUUUUUUAUCAUGUUACUAAUGUGUUGAAUGUUGUGGAAGGAUCUUUUAAACGUCGAGAUUUACUUCGUCAUCACCAAGCCAAAAAUUCGAAGCAAUUACUUGAGUCUGGUGAAGCUCAUACCGGACAAGGAUUACAUCAAGAGCGUGGGCUUCAAAGACCAGGUGAUACUCGUUGGGGAUCACAUUUCAAAACAUUGGAUAACUUUCUUGUUAUUUUCUCAUCCAUUGUUCACGUUCUUGGAGUGAUUGAAAUUGAAGGUUCUACUUCAAGUAAUAGAAAUCAAGCGGAAUAUCUUUUGACAAAGUUUCUUAACAUCUCAAAGAAAAGAUUGCAAGAUAUGAGAGAGAAUGGGUGGAAAUCUUUGGUGAAUGAUGUUUCUUCAUUUUGUGAUUCACAUGAUAUCUUGAUUCCCAAAUUAGAUGAGUCUUAUUUUCCCGAAAAGUCAAAGCGUAAGUGUUUAGAUGUUUUUUAUUCGCACCACUUGCGUGUUGAAAUCUUUUGUGCGGUCAUUGAUGUGCAACCUCAAGAGCUUAAUGAGCGUUUUGAUGUAGUAAGUAGUGAUUUGCUUCUUGGGAUGGGUAGCUUGAAUCCUGUCAAUUCUUUUUCUAAUUUUGACAAAGGUAGAAUCAUGACUUUAGCAAAGUGUUAUCCAAAUGAGUUUGAUGAUGGAAAGCUUCGAGAUUUGAGUUACCAACUUAAUACCUUCAUAAUUCAUAUGCGAGGUGGUAAUUCCAAAUUCUACAACUUGCAAGAAAUUCGUGAUUUGACAAAGACAUUAGUUGAGAAAAAUCUUGUGGAGACUUAUUCACUUGUUUAUUUACUUGUGAAGUUGACUUUGAUUUUACCCGUCGCUAUGGCAACUGUUGAAAAAGUAUUCUCUUCCAUGAAGCACAUAAAAAUGAAGUGUGAAAUAGUAUUGGUGAUCAAUAUUUAA